GCACGAAACUGAAAUUACUUCCAUCCUUGCAAACGUGACGGCAAUAUUGCCAGGCGCAAAUAUCACGUUAUGGAGACUACACAUGUCGGGUCAAGGGGUUUUUAUUUUAUUUUACUGUACAUAUUCAAUUUAUUACUAGCGGCUCAUGCAAAGGAAAGUCCAAUUAAGCUAAUCACUAACAAAGAAGCUCUCGAUGUAGCGAAACAGAAUCCCACCGGCUCAGUGGUUUAUUUUAGCAGAAGUGGUGCAAAUCAUGACCCUGAAAUUAGAAGAUUUAUUGGUGAGUUUGAGAAAGCAGCUCAGGCAUUGAAAGACUAUGGUGUACGCUUCCACAAGGUAGACUGUAAUGCAGGAGUUGAUGAUUUAAAAAAAGAAUGCGGCCAACAAAGAGACUAUGUUGCUGUUUAUAGCAUUCAUAAUAAAAGGGAUCUUGAUAUCCCAGUUCUUUUUGAUGAGGAUCACAUUGUUGGACAUGUCUUAAUGGAUAUUCUUGACUAUGAUCUGUCCAUUGCUCAAGAUAAAUAUAUGUGGGAUGAAGUCUUAAUGAACAACAAAGGCUCAAAGGACAUUGUUUUAGGGUAUUUCAGAGGAAUUGGAAAUAAAGAUCACAGAAUGUUCUUAGAAGCAGCGUUUGUCUACGGAAAAGAAUAUCAAUUUGUGGUUACAACAGAAAAAUCAAUGCCUGGCUUAAAGGGUGACGGCUCUUUGUGGUAUUAUCAAUGCAAAGAUGCAGCUGCCGAUGCCGAGUGCAACUUCAGGGUACGCAAGAUGGCACCGAAGAAUGUUCUUGAUGUUAUUGGGUUUAUCAAGCUUGAAGGCAUCUCAAGGAUUGUCCAAAUUGAACAAGAUGGAUCAAGCAUCUACGACAAAUUGGAUUUGACGUUUCCUCUUAACAAAGUGUUUUUGUUUUCAAACGAUAUAAAGAAGAUGACUAAGAUGGCAGCGGAGGCGCUCAAAAAAAUCGACGAUAGCUUUUACUUCAUUCUCGUUGAUGUGAAAAUUCACGUCGACUUGUUACCAGAAUUUGGUAUUGAUCUGGCAACAGAUUGGGACAUUGUUCCUGGUACCCUUGUGCUACAACCCGCACAUCUUGUUGGCUCAGGGCAGAAAUACUACGAGCAGUGGCCCCAACAUAUGGAAUUCACAUUGAAAACUAUGAUAGAUGUCCUGAGCCAAUAUCAUAAGAGCCCAAACAAAGCAUACAGAGAAGUCGUCACAGCAGUUGACAUUCACUACACUACAAUAGACGAUUGGAAAAAGCCUACUAAAGGAAUAGUUGUAGUUGGAGGGUGCAUGAAGGACGCUCAAGGAUGCUAUGAAUUCCAAAUAACCUUUCGCCGCGUGGCACGCAGUGUCUAUGACACACAGCUAGAGCUAGUCGUUGAAUUUUUCUAUGUGGACUUUACAGACCAUCCAGAAGAUGCCAAAUUGAAUGGGCUUCCUGGAUUUGAGAUUUACAAGGAUGGGAAAGAGAUCAAGCACAUCGGACAAAUGGACUACGAAUCUUUACUUCAAUUUUUGUGGAAAAAUCUAAGCCCGCGUGUAAGGCGCCUGCCCUUGAGUGGCUCUGAUCACAUACCGCUACAUCCAGAAGAAGAACCAGAAGAAGAAAACAAAGGCGAAGAUGAUAGUGUGGAUGAUGAUGACGACUCAACAUCACUUCUAUCAAUGGAGGAUGAUAGUAUGGGAAAACUUGCAGUGGAUAUUAUCAAGCGCAAAGUCAAUGAUGAGAACGUCACCGCCUUAAAAGAUAAAACAUUUUAUCCUUCGAAAGACGCAAAUGAUCUCAUGGUUACACUGUUCUAUCUGCCUUGGUGUGUUAAGAGUAUAAUCCUGCGUGAAGCGUACGCUAAGGUUGUUGCCAAGAUUGAAGCAACGCAAUCCGAUAGUGACAUGAAGACUGUUGUGAACAAAAUGAACUGCUUUGACUGGGAGGAUGUUUGCCGUAAAGAAAACAUCACUAUGUAUCCUACGAUCAAAAUAUACAGGAAAGGACAUGAAUCCUUCACAUACACAGAAUCAUUGGAUGCGGCAACAUUAGAACGAUCCAUCAGAAUGUAUCAAAACCCUGUUACAAAAGAGCUUCAAGACGCCGAAAGUAUCAACAAAUACUUAGACUUUGAAGCACAGUCUGAAGCUCCGGUGUCGGUUCUUGGGCUUUUUAGAAAGAAAGGGGAUAGUGAGUUCCAAGUCUUUUCAAAUUCUGCCAAGAAACUAUUUGGAAAGAUUCCUUUUGCUUAUGCAACCGGUGAAAUUGCAGAGAAAAGUGCUAAUGAGCAAGGUCUUCCAGUUCCGAUGUUCAUUUUGGUAAAAAGGGAUGACCACUUAGAGCAACUCUCAUUGGCCAACUCUUUUAAACAAAUCAGCAAGUUCAUAGAAAAGAAGAGCCUGCCAGUUUAUGGAGAGCUUACGGCUGUAAACUUCCCUAAAUACAGGGAAUACAAGAAACCAUUGCUAAUUCAGUUCAAACAGAAGACUGAAGAAACCAAUAAAGUUCCACUGGAGCGUCUUGCAUUCAAUACAAACAAAGUAUUCGUUGUUUGGAUGGAUAUGAGUAAAAUUGUCACAAAGGAAAUCAUGCGUGCAUACAUAAAGGAUGCUUCGAAACCAGCCCUCGUUUUGGUGAAUCACGAGAAGGGAAAAGUGUUCCAUUUUGUAGACGAUGUGACAAAUGAUACUCUUGUUACUUGGGUGAAAGCCUGUUUGAAGCAAGAGAUCAAGCCAGUUUCUGAAUUUGUGGAUAAGAAAUGGAAACCGUUACGAAAACCAUACGACUACCUAAAGAUGCAAGCAGCAAUAUCUGAUAAAAAAGCUGAAGAAGACUUGACGAAGGAACAGGACAUACCCAGUGUUGAUGUUGGUGGCGACGAGGCGGAAGUUGAAGUGAAAGAUGAAGAGGCAGAUGACGGUGCGGAGGAGCCUGGUGAUGGUGCGGAGGAGCCUGGUGAUGGUGCGGAGGAGCCCGAUGAUGCUGUGGAGGAGCCUGAUAAAGAUAGGGGCAAAAGUGGAACCGUUUCCGACCACGAUGAACUUUAAGGGACAUUGACGUAGAAUCUAGGUUUAGCAAAUCCAGUAAAUUAUUAAAGAUGUUGUCACUAGUGGUUUUGUUCUUUAAGUGAUCCUUGCUUUUUAUUAUUAAUUUCUUACUCAUCCAUUUUUAAAAUACAAAUGAGUUUUGACCUAUUCCCUCCACGAUCUUUGCCAUCUUCUGAUUAGAAAUAUUCUUACAAUUUACGGCAAUUUUACGCAAGAAAUUAGUAAAGAUAAAACGUUCGGAACGUAUCUAUAUCUAUAAGAACUUACCUGUAACAAAAACAAUUUUUUGUGAAUUAUUAGAUUUGUUAAAUUUGUACUAAUUGCGAUUUCUUUGUUGAUACUGAGGCUACCUUCAAUCGAAAGCGUGGCAAUAUUUAUUCAUUCAUGGCAAUAUAUAUUUAAAACCACAGAAUAGAUGCUGGAAUAUGUAGAGCCUGAUAUAUAUUCGAUUGUAACCUAUUAACCGUUGGCUAAUCGAUCUCUUCACAAUGAAAAUAUAUCGAAAUCUGUUAA